UUGUUUAUUGAUAUUGAUUUUUGUUAUUUCACCUGUUAAUGUUUGAAAUUAUUUGUGCAGGGCUGCUACUGUCCAGAACACAAUCUACUCUACUAAGCUGAUUUUUAACCCUGAUUUGAUUGUUGCUCAUGAUCUAAAGAAAAGGAUGGUUGGGAAGGACGGUGUUCCCUCUCCUGGAAUAACUUUCCUUCAAGAUCCGUCGAGGAUUACCGAAGAGGAUGAUUUUCUUAAGAUCACACCGAGGAAGACUGUCGAGGACUUGAAGGAGUGUGCCAUGGAGUCUUGCUUUGUAGUGAAGGCUACAGUAAAAUUUGUUAUAGAUACGGAUGAGUGGUGGUACACUGCAUGUGUUUGUAACAAGAAAGUGGUGCCGGAUGAGAAAAUGUUCUUUUGCGCCAAGUGUAAUAAGCAUGUUAUACAUGUUUGUCCUAGGUACAUGAUCAAAGUUCGUGUCAUCGAUGAGACUGACUCUGCUACAUUUGUGAUCUUUGAUCGUGAUGCUACUCUUUUGCUGAAAAAAACCGCAGCUGAUGUGAUCGAGAGCAUGGGGUCUGAUGAGAGCGGAACAUUGCCUAAAGAAAUUAGCUCCUUGGUUGAAUCCACCUUUCUGUUUAAGGUGGAAACUAACAUAAGCACCGAUGCAAGGUUUGAAAAAUCUUAUCGGGUUCGCAGGAUAUCGAACAAUGUAGAUUUGCUGAAAAGGUUUACUGGGGUUCCCACUGAGGCUCCAGUGGUUGAAGGCUCUUUUGAAGCGGUUGAAAAUGCUGAAAAUGAUUCCUCCGUCAAUCAGAACCUGCUCAAGAAGUUCGGUGAUUCGAAAGUGAUUGGGACUAAGGAUGUUGAUGCUGAGAAGGCUGUUGAUCUUACCAAUGAUGAGGUUGAUGUUACUCCUGCAAAGCGUUCAUGCCCAUUUGAUGGUGAAGGCAGCGGUGGCAAUGGACCGGUCAAGUUGUUGAAGAACAUCAAAGUGGAGAAGGACAAGAAGUUUUGUUUUUCUUUUUGUUUUCAUGGCUUGGUUGUUUUGAAUUUUGUCAGUGAACCUUUCAGUUUUUUUUUAAUGCAUUGCUUUUUAUUGUUUCGUCAUGCUCCUGAUUGCAAGACCUUUGGAUAA